AUGGGAGGAUUUUGCGACCCUGAGGCCACCGACAUUGUCUAUCAGCAUUGCAGUGCGAAGAAGCUGUACGUCGUGCCAAUUUUCCAUGAGGAGGUGAACUCCAACGAUGAGUAUGUCAAGAAGAUCUGUAAGUUCACAAGAGAGUUCUGCAAGAACCAAGGCUUCUUUCCAUGCGACGCCUAUGCCAUCGCCAUCCUCUUGCAUCCAGAGUACAUCAAGAAUGCUGCUGCAUUGAAAGUUCGCAUUCACCUGGCUCCCGAUGAGAAGCGUGGCGCUUGCAUUUGGGGCCAUGAUGCUCCAUCUGAGGAGGCGAACGUGACUCUCGUGACGGAGAUUGACAACCGCGUCUUCGUUGACAUGUAA